ACACUCUUUUACUUGUUUUCCUUUCCUUUCCUUUCCAUCAUUAAUUUUGAGAAAUAGCAAUUAUAUUCAAUUCCCCCAUUUCUUUAUUUAUUUCCCCUAUUUCCUCUUUCUAUAUAAUCCCUCUUUUCUCCCCUUCUUCUUGGACCACAACUCUCUUCCCUUUCCCUUCUUCCCUUCUUCUCUUCUUCCCUUCUCUUCCCUUAAUUCUCUCUUCAAAUUCAUCACAAUCCAAAACCAUGAUCCCUUCUAAACACCAUAAUCUCGGUUUAACCCUUGGAUUAACCCUCGAUUCUCCUCCUCUACAUCUCAAUUCUUGGACUAAUGAUGCUUCUUCAGAUCGGACAUCGGAAACAGGGAGAUCGCUUCUCAGAGGCAUCGAUGUGAAUCGGAUGCCGCCGUCGACGGCGGAUUGUGAAGAGGAGGCGGCGAUGUCGAGCCCUAACAGUACGGUAUCGAGUGUGAGUGGGAAACGGAGUGAACGUGAGAUGAACGGUGAAGAUCUGGAUGGGGAUAGAGCUUGUUCGAGAGGAAUUAGUGAUGAAGAAGACGGUGAAACUUCUAGAAAAAAGCUUCGGCUUACUAAAGAUCAGUCCGCCGUUUUGGAAGAAAGCUUCAAAGAACAUAAUACUCUCAAUCCGAAGCAAAAGUUGGCGUUGGCGAAACAAUUGGGUCUCCGGCCAAGACAAGUCGAAGUUUGGUUCCAAAAUAGAAGAGCAAGGACAAAGUUGAAGCAAACGGAAGUAGAUUGCGAAUUCCUAAAGAGAUGCUGUGAAAAUCUAACGGAGGAGAAUAGACGGUUGCAAAAAGAAGUACAAGAACUGAGAGCACUCAAACUUUCCCCACAAUUCUACAUGCACAUGACCCCACCCACCACCCUCACCAUGUGCCCCUCGUGUGAGCGUGUCGCUGUUCCGCCCUCCUCCACAUCAGCCCCCCAGCCCACUGUCACACGAAUGGGCCAGGCCCAAUCUCAGCCCCACCACGCUCGCCCUAUCCACCACAUCAACCCCUGGGCCUCCCCCAUACCCACCCGGCCUUUCAACGCCCUUCACCCUCGCUCGUAAAUAACCCAUUACCCAGGGCAAUGAAAUCUUCGGCCCAUCUCUUCUUAUAAUUAGGGCUUGAGUUAGACUUAGUUUCUUUUGUCUUAGCGGCAACAAAGCAAUACCCUUUUUUCUCUUCUUUGUAAUAUUUAGGGGAGGGGAAAAAAAAAUCUAUUAUAUUUCUCUAUAUAUAUAUAUAUAUAUGUGGUUGGAAGGUGAUAGAAAAAGGGGUUUUGAGUUGUAAAGUGAAGAAUGAGAUGCCUAAUUUAAUUUUUUUUUUAUUCAAAUCCAAACUAAUCUUCAAUUUAA